GUCUCAUGUACACACACGCAUGUAAAUGGGCUGAUCGUGGAAAUAUUUUGUAUUUUGCGCCCGUAUCAUGAAUAACAUUUAAUCUGAUUCAGAACGCGUUUGAAAAAAAUAUAUAUAUAAUGAAGCGACGUAUUUAAUAGUUGCUGAUCGUGUAAGUGCACGCGUUUUGUAAACAAGCAGUUGUAAGGCAUUGAAAGGCAGCAAUGUUUCAUUUAUUAUGUCAAAAAUCUGUCUAUAGAGCAGCUAUUAAAUGCAAACUUGUGGAACACAAGGAAACAUUUCUGAAACGAAACCCAAUGCAGGAGACAUGGAGGAGGUCUUUUAACGCUGAACAUACUUGCCUUGAAUCGAGAGCACUUCCUAUAGUUCAUCACGUCAAGUACAUAUGUGACCUCCCUGAAAACCACAGGUUUCCCAUGGGAAAGUUCCCCAAAGUCCUGGAGAGUCUGCUCAGAGAUCAGGUCAUAACAGAUAAACAGGUGUGGGCCCCUAAGAUUGCCUCCACUGAGCUUCUGAGACGUGCGCAUACUGAGGAGUACCUGUCCAACUUUAUCAGUGGUAAAAUUAGUGAGAAAGAUCAGAGGCGAACCGGAUUCAUGUGGAGUUCUGGUUUAGUGCAACGCUGUAGAUAUGAAACAGGUGGCACAGUGCUGGCAGCAGAGAUCGCCAUGCAGAGGGGACUGGCAUGCAGUACAGCCGGAGGGACCCAUCAUGCCUUCCCCAGCUUCGGCUCAGGCUUCUGUCUGCUCAAUGACCUGGCUGUGGCCGCCAAACACCUGAUGAGUGAGUCCACAUCCAGGAGAAGGAUUCUCAUUGUGGAUCUGGAUGUACAUCAGGGUGAUGGCACAGCAUUCAUAUUUAAGGAUGAACCCGAUGUUUUCACCUUCUCGGUGCAUUGUGGGAAAAACUUUCCUGUGCGAAAGCAGCAGAGUGACCUGGAUGUCAGUUUGGAAGACGACACUGAAGACAAAGAGUAUCUUUCCAAAGUCCAGGAACACCUCCCUUGGUUACUGGAGAGAAUCCGGCCCGAUCUGGUGCUGUAUGAUUCUGGUGUGGAUCCACACUGGGAGGAUGAACUUGGAAGACUUCGUCUCACAGAUGAAGGACUUUACCGGAGGGAUCUUUAUGUACUUCAGACAGUCAUUAAAAAGGGUAUUCCUGUGGCUACUGUUAUUGGAGGAGGCUAUUCCAGAGAUAUUGAUCGACUGGGGCGCAGGCACUCAAUAAUUCACAGAGCUGCAUCAAAGGUUUGGAGAGAACAUGGAUUUUAACUCAAGGAUGAAAAUAGACAGCAGGUGCUAAACAAUCGAAGAUUGUUGGGUGCUGAGAAGGACCAUAUGAACGUUUUACUGUGCCAUAGCAAUUGUAUGCAAUAGACUUUAUGAAUAA